AUGGACCGAAUAACCCACAACCAGGCCUGCAUGGAGGAGGACUUGGUCAGCAGUCGGCAGAAAAAGAAAUCUGAGGAGCUAACGGGAAGCAAACACCACUCACAGCCAAGUCUGGAUACAGCUCGUACCGUGGUUAACAUCCCGACACAGACCAUCAGUGAGGCAGCGACGUCAGUUCUGUCCAAAGGGUUAAACUUCGCAGUUAGGCCCACAAAGAUUCCCACCGAAGAGAUCAUUCAAUCUGUGGAGGCGUCACUCCACCAAGUACCACGUGUCGAAGCAGAAAAGAUAAGGCAGGAAACUGUAACAAUUUUACAAAUAGCAAAACCACCCAGUGCCAAUAUCAUACGAGAAGAAAGACAGGCCAUAAAGGAGCUCAGGAACAACAAGGAUAUUGUGGACCUACAUGCGACAAAGGAAACGCUACGGUUCUGA